UUUGGGUAUUUUGAUCAAUCCAUGAAAUGGAUUGUACAUGAAAGAGCCAGGAGGCAAUCAAGUUGGUGUUGAUGGGGUCCAAGAGAAGCUGGUACAUCAUUUUGGUGAUGUUUUUCGUGUCGCGAUUGCCAUUUAUUCAAGCCAUGAAUAGCCAUAAUCCAGAUUCUUUGGAUGAUUUUGUUCAUGACUAUGCAUACAAGGCAAUUAAAAAGCCUCAUACAGGUAUUCUAUACAAUAUUAGUCUCCCUGCAAAUUUUUCUGGUAUAGAAGUAUCAUUUGUUCGGCUCAGAAGUGCGAGUUUUUGGGUAAGAGGAGCCAAUUUCAGCUCCUUUGAUAUCCCACCAAGGAUUAUACCUAUGCCCGCUCCAAAGAGACUAGAUAUGGUGUAUCAAAACUUAGGCAAUUGGUCAUCUUAUUACUACAAUGUGCCUAAUUAUACAUUUGUCACUCCUGUUGUUGGCUUCAUGACUUACGAUGCUAUGAUUUCAACAGCAAGAGACAAUGCAGUGCUUGAACUAAGCAUCAUGGGAGACCCCAUUUCAAUCCGAUUUCCUCGGAUUCCAGAGACAGAAGGUAGAAGAAAUGUGACAAUGAAAUGUGUGAGAUUCGGCACUGAUGGUUCGGUUGAAUUAAGUGACAUGGCUAUGCAAAAUGUAUGUAUUGCAAAGGGUCAAGGCCAUUUCGCCGUAGUCGUGCCAUCAGCUGCACCUUCUAAGCAGAAAGAUAGGUUUUCAAAGAAGAAAGAGAGGUUUUGGAAAUGGUGGGUGAUUGGUUUUGGGGUGGGGAUUGUUGGGUUGGUUUUGGUGGUUUUGGUUGGUUUAUUGGUAUAUAAAUUGAUUAGGAAGAAGAGAAUUAGAGAAAUGGAGAGACAGUCUCAGAUGAGUGAAGCACUGAAGACAGUGUGGGUUGGUAUGAGUAAAAUGCCUUCAGCAACAUGGAUUAGAACACAACCAGUGCUUGAGAAUGAGUAUAUUCCUUGACUCAUCACUUUCUUCUAGCUUCCUUCUUGAGUUUUGGAUUGAUCAUAGGAAAAUUGUUAGCAAAUUGUGAAAUUUUUCAUUAGUUAUAGCAUCUGCUAUGGCCAUCAGGUUGAUAGGGCUCAUGAAUUUUUUAUUUUUAUUUUAUUUGGGCUGAAGUCAGAAUUAUUCUCCAUAUGGUUCUGUCCUAGUUGAAUCUCUAUUAAAGUUUUGUGUGUUCAAUGAA